GUUGUUUGGCAGUUAAACUUCCACUAGCUAGUCAGUGUCCCGUGUUCAUCAGCUCACCAUGGCUGAAGUUGCGUCUCAGAAUGUGAGUCUCAGUUUCUCAAAUCUCAGAUACAAUGUCCGCGUGCGUGAUUGGCGGUCUGGCUUCUGUCGUGCUGAGAAGAAAGUGAUUCUCAAUGGUAUCAGUGGCUGCUUCAAUAGUGGUCAAUUGAGUAUAAUUAUGGGAGUUUCUGGGGCUGGUAAGACAACUCUGUUGAACAUUUUGGCGGGAGCUGUGCGCAAAGGGUUUUCAGGUGAUAUUUCUGUGAUAAAUAAUGGGCAGGUGAUAAGGACAGUGAAUUCCGUGUAUAUCCUUCAAGAUAGUAUUGUAGCGCCAUUUUUAACAGUGAAUGAGGCAAUGAACUUCGCGUCCUAUUUCAAGAUUAGAAGUAGGAAGAGUGAAGAUGUCCAGGAGAAUAUUGAUAGGAUACUAGAGUCGCUGAACUUGUCUGAAGUGAAAAGUGUGAAGAGUUCGGAUUUGUCUGGAGGGGAGAAAAAGCGGUUGACGAUAGCCCUGGAGAUGAUAAGAGAUCCUUCUGUGAUGUUCUUUGAUGAGCCCACCAGUGGACUUGAUUAUUCCUCUUCGAUUCAGUGCAUGAAGGUUCUGAAGAAAUUGGCCAAAGACGGAAGAGUGAUUAUUGCAACUGUACACCAACCAGCUCCUCUAAUUCUGCAACAAUGUGAUCAACUCUACGUCUUGGCGGAGGGGAAGUGCAUCUACAGUGGAGUGUAUGGGGAUAUUGUGAGGCAUCUUAGGGAGUCCUUUGACAUCAUCUGCCCGCAGUCUUACAAUCCAGCGGAGUUUCUCCUGGAAAUAGCUUCCGGUGCCUAUGAAAAUGACUGGAGAAGUCGCCUUCUGGAUGCCAUGAAAUUCACUCAGCAGGGGAGUUCAGAAGUUCAGCCAAAGAUCAAUUCAAGAUAUCGCUCUCGGUCAAGUGGCUUCUUCAGACAAUUGUUGGGUUUGGUGAAGCGCCGUUCCCUAAUAACUUAUCGUGACAUCUCCCUAAUUGCCAUGAGGAGUGCGGUGCACAUCCUCUGUAUAGCCAUCGUAUGCAUUAUGUAUCGAGGGGUAGGUCAUAGGGCGGAAAAUGUUCUCAACAACUUACGCUACAUCCUCUACACAUUCAGCUACUUUUCUUUUGUCACAUAUUCCGCCAGUUUCUCAGUGAUACCACGAGAAAUUCCAAUAGUGAAGAGGGAACACUUCAAUGGAUGGUACUCUAUAUUGCCCUACUACUUCUCCCUGGCCAUUGUGGACCUUCCACUUCACGUAAUUGCAGCAACUCUGUACAGUGUUGUUACAUUUUGGGUCACAGACCAACCCAUGGAGUUCCAGAGGCUCAUCAUCUUUACAAUUGCAUGCAAUGCUCUCGUUGUCAUUGCCCACAGCAUUGGAUGCAUCAAUGGAUUCAUAUUUAAUGUGCAGAAUGCAUCUAUUCUUGGACAAUUUGUUACUGUUGCAUUCUUCGCAAGUUCUGGAUACUUUAUUACCCGCCGAGAUGCUCCUUCUUACCUCAAUUGGUUGUUUGAUAUCUCCUUCAUGCGGUAUGGACAAAAUUCCUUCAUCACCUCAAUUUAUGGCCUGAACAGAACCAAGAUGAUCUGCGAUGAGCUGUUCUGCCAGUACACAAAUCCCCGGAAGGUACUUUACGCAAUGGACGUUGAGGAAUCAGAUGGAUGGUCGGAUUUUCACAAAAUGUUCUAUAUCUUUCUCUUCUUCUUCAUUUCGGGAUACUUUGUGGUUCGUUUUAGGAUACUCAAUGUCACGAGAAAAUAGAUUUUUAGAGAGAUGAGCAACAAA